UCCAUCCGCGGUGAGAGUGAACAUGUCGGCCCGGUCUCUGCGGUCUCUGUCCGGAGUCCUGAAGCCAGUGUUCAGCAACCGGUGGCCCAGGGUUUAUGGUGCUGCUACAUGUAAUCGGAGACACACGUCCACUUACACUACCAUACCUCCCCCUGCACGGUAUGGAGGCAGACACACAGUGACUCUUAUUCCUGGAGAUGGAAUUGGACCAGAGCUGGCCCACCAUGUGCGUGAAUUAUUUCGGUUCUGCUGCGUGCCAGUGGACUUUGAGGUUGUCAAUGUGGACUCGUCUAUGGCCUCAGAAGACGACAUUAAUAAUGCUAUAAUGGCUAUCAGACGCAAUGGAGUUGCACUGAAAGGUAACAUUGAGACCAACCAUAACCUGCCACCCUCCUACAAAUCCCGGAACAAUCUGCUCCGCACCACUCUGGAUCUGUAUGCCAAUGUGAUGCACUGCCAGUCUCUGCCAGGAGUGAGGACACGCCACAAAAACAUCGACAUCAUGAUAAUCAGGGAAAACACAGAGGGAGAGUACAGCAGCCUGGAGCACGAGAAUGUACCGGGGGUUGUUGAAUGUCUGAAGAUAAUCACCAGGACCAAAUCCUUGCGCAUCGCUGACUACGCGUUUAGAACGGCUCGGGAGAAAGGACGCAGACGAGUCACUGCUGUACACAAAGCUAACAUCAUGAAGUUGGCUGACGGCCUCUUUCUGGAGUGCUGUAAGGAGGUUGCCAGCGGUUACCCUGAAAUCAACUUCGACAGCAUGAUUGUAGACAACACCACCAUGCAGCUGGUUUCCAGGCCUCAGCAGUUCGAUGUAAUGGUCAUGCCCAACCUGUAUGGCAACGUUGUGAGCAAUGUGUGUGCGGGGCUAGUUGGAGGACCGGGCCUGGUGCCUGGAGCUAACUAUGGACAGGACUACGCCGUGUUUGAGACGGGAACAAGGAACACAGGAAAGAGCAUUGCUAACCGCAACAUAGCCAACCCCACGGCCAUUCUGCUGGCCUCCUGCCUGCUGUUGGAUCACCUGAAGCUCCACGCCUACGCUAGCAUGAUCCGCAGAGCCAUCCUGACCAUCGUCACCGAGACUCGGCUGCACACUGCUGACCUGGGGGGCCAAGGCUCUACCUCUGAAGUGGUCCAGUCCAUCAUGAAUGCUAUUCAGAGCACCGGGCCCCGCACGCUGAGCAUCUAGAACACACAGACAUAAAUAUGGGAAACCCCUCAAAUAGCAGAGAUGAGUACCUCUAAUACUAGACCUCUCUUUACUAACUCUCCUAUGCAAUUUUACAAUAACAAUAGUGAGUUGUUUAAUAGUAAUACUGAAAUGAUCUAUGCAACGGUUUUUAUUUACUCACAGGAUUUAGUAGUUUUAAAAGUUCAAUUUAAAGCAGAUUAAUAUAUAUUAAUAUAAAUUGUUUCCUGACCUCGUUUUUUUUUUUUUUUUAAAGUUGUUUGAGCUCUUUGUUUUAAGCUACAGUACAAUCAUACUGCAGCAGUCCGAGUUACACCCACCCUCUCCAUGUGUAUUAGUUUAUUCAUUAUUAAGUGAACAGAGUUAUUCAUGUAUUUGAAAUUUAAAUUAUUUUAGACCAAACACAGCUGUCCUCCUGCUGGAUGUAUUGUAUGUAUGUCAGGAUUUCUGGCUGUUGGUCUGACCCUGACACCUCUAAUAAAGCCUGUUUCCCUCUACUUCAUUCAUCCCCACAGUCGUCUGUGCUGAAACACCCAUGUAUAAAUGUGUCCCGCACUGGCUCAUCUAGACCACAGGGAGGCCACAUUGUCUUGUGUAACCACUACAUUUGUUGUGUUAUGGAGUGACACUCUAACAACUAAUAACUCUAAUAAGGUCUAUAAUAAUUAAAUAUUUGUAAAACUCAUUGUGUGCAAAAAAGCAUCCCAAAAUGCUCCGUUAAAACAAUAUUAAGCAGAAAAUAAAAUAAAACUGAACAGUAGAGAAAAUGUUUGAUAAUAAUACUACAAUAAUACACAAUAAUGCCAAGAGGAAAAACAUACAAUAAAAAGUAUAGGUAGGCAGUUAGUUAAUAAUACUGGUAAUAACAGCCUACUACUAAUAUUAAUGUACUUUAACAACUUUUUAAAAUAAUAAUAAAGUGCUUCAAAACUCAAAACCUCUAUCCACUUUUUUUUUCCAAUACUGAACUCCUGUUCAGACAGAGUGACUUACCUGUGAUGAGGUGUGCACAGACUCAUACAGGUUAAGGAGUCUGAAAUAUAGCCAACAGUGUUGUUAUUGAAAGUGAUCAGAAAAAACAGUUUCAGAGUGAACAGAGAGUCAGAGUGAGCAGGAGGGUGAGGGGUAACAUCUCUUGGUCUGAAUGAGUGAGUAGUGAUAACGGGAAGCAGAUAGAAACAUUUUGACUAAUAACUUUGACUCCAUUUACUCCCAACAUGAACAUGGGAUCUGUAUUUGGAUAUUUGAAUAAGGAAAAACGUAACAGCACUGACCAGGAUCACAUGCAUCAAUAAGGCUUUUCUACAGAAUCAUAAUCUCUAAUACUCAAACACAUUUCACUGCUAA